GCAUGACAAUGUUUCUUCGUGACCCGCGGACUCGAUCAUGUUGCCUUGAAGACUUUCCACGGUGCUCUACAGUGGGAGUAUCUCACCUGAAGGUUGGAGUGAUGAGUUCUGCUCCGGUCAGCUGAUAGGCGCUAUGUCUUGUCCUCACGGCGUGAUAACAGCUUGGAAUAAAAGCUCACACUCUGACUGAGCCGACUGCAGUUCAGAACACACAGCCGAGAACAGCAGACAUGGAGCGCACUCUCCUGCUGGCGCUGUUCCUCUCAGCGGGGUCUCCCUACUUGGUGGCCCAGGAGGUGGCCCAGGAGGUGUCCCAGGAGCCCCUCCACGCGGUGAUCGCCCGCUGCGGCGCCGAGCACGAGGUGGACUCCGAGAAUCCAUUAGCAGUGAACUGGAACACGAGCCUGCCUAGCAACAUCAGCCUCAACAAUACCAUCCGCUUCUUGGGCUGCUUGUACUCGGCGGCGGGGGUGAGCGCGGCGCGUCAGCUGUACCGCCGCGUGCUGCACGUCGUGCGAGACCAUCUGCAGCUGCGAGGCUGCAUCUCCGCACAGGACCUGCGCGGCUGCACGCAGCCAGCCAGCAACGGGACCAGGGCCGGCGAGGACUCGACGAGCAACGUGAUCAGGACUCUGCUGCCUUGCGUCCGGGGCGUAUUGUCGUGUCUGACUUGAAAUUGUGCAGAGGAGAAGCAGAAGAUGAAGAAGCCGGGAGCCAUUACUAAAAAAAAAUCAAAAAUGUUACGUUUUUAAUAUAUUUAGUAAAAUAUGCCAACAUGUAAUCAAGGAACAUUAAAAAAAAACCUUAGUGUGUGAAUAUAUUGUAAUUAUAAUAAUUAUUUCAUUAAAAACGACAUAGGAAUGUCGAUGAAUGUAUAAAUAAAUCAAUACAUAAACAU